GGAGGGAGCGCCCGCGAACACACUGCUCACAAUAAUAAUCGGUUGUAGUCCAAUAGUUAUCUUUCUCCACCGCUCGCUACAGUACCGUAGACUGGAUCCAGUCUGAAAACCAAUGGAAUCCUGAAUCAUGGCUGCAAAAGAGGAUCUCUACAGCAAAAUCAUCCCGCGAAGACUUCUGCCGAAAUUACCGGGCACUGUGAAAUAUGGAUCAAAUUUGGACGUCCUCUUAUCGAUGGGGUUCCCCAAAACCAGGGCAUUGAAGGCACUAGUAUCAACAGGAGACAGGAGUGUACAGGCAGCAUGUGACUGGCUGUUCUCCCAUGUGGAUGACCCCUUCCUGGAUGACCCGUUGCCCAGAGAGUAUGUCCUGUACCUACGCCCCAGCGGACCCCUGCAGAAUCAGCUCCAUCACUUCUGGCAGCAGUCCCGCGUCACCUGUGGCAAGAACAAGGCCCACAACAUCUUCCCCCACAUCACGCUCUGCCAGUUCUUCAUGUGUGCAGACAACAAGGUGGACGCCCUGUUGGAGGCCCUGCAGGCCACAGUGGGCCAAUGGAGGGGUCGUUUCCCUAGCCCCCUACCCCUGGAGCUCUACACCUCUUUUAACUUCAUAGGCCUCUUCGUUGAGGAGCAGAUCGCAGAGGUCCUCAAGCAGUUUGCUGCUGACUUUGCUUCCGAGGCUGCCAGGAAAGCAGAUGUCCAUUUAGAGCCCCAUAAGAAGCAGCUCCAUGUGACGUUAGCCUACCACUUCCCCACCAAUCACCUGACCUCCCUGGAAAAACUGGCCAAGGGAAUCGAGGUGAAGCUAGGCUGUGAUUGGCUGGCUGUCCUUUUCUCCCGAGACAUUCGGUUUGCCAAUCAUGAGACGCUGCGCGUUAUGUAUCCAUACGCCCCUCAGAAUGAGGACGAGCUGGAGCUGGUCCCGGGCGACUUUGUCUUCAUGUCUCCCUUGGAGCAGAACAACACGAGCGAGGGCUGGGUUUACGGGUCCUCCCUGGCCACGGGGCUGUCCGGCCUAUUGCCUGAGAACUACGUCAGCCGGGCAGACGAGUGUGACACCUGGGUCUUCCACAGAUCACACUCCUUCUUCAGUUGCUCUGCCCCCUCAGACAAAGGGAGAAGGGAAAGGGGCCUAUUUGAUGGGCUGCUGGAUAGCCGUCGUCUCGACUACACAAGUCCUGGGGACACACCCACCUUGAGCCUCAUCUGUCAUCCCAUGCAGGUGCUUCGGGUCAGCAGCAAUCACUCUCGGCUGCCCAAGCGGACCCUGUUUGUCUGUCGGCACGGUGAACGAAUGGAUGUGGUGUUUGGGAAACACUGGCUUUCUCUGUGCUCUGAUUCCAAAGGUAGAUAUGUGCGCACUAACCUGAACAUGCCAGUCAGCCUGCCCAUGUGGAGUGGAGGACACCGAGAUUACGACAUGGACACCCCCAUCACUGUGUUUGGUUCCUCACAAGCACGAAUAGUGGGUGAGGCGUUGAUGGAGAGCAACACAGUGAUCGACUUUGUGUACUGUUCGCCUUCUCUGCGCUGUGUCCAGACUGCUCAGAACAUCCUCAAAGGUCUGCAGCAGGAUGGCAAGCUGAAGAUCAGAGUGGAGCCAGGCCUUUUCGAGUGGACCAAGUGGGUCUCUGGGAGCUCCCUUCCUGCCUGGAUCCCUCCCACAGACUUGGCAGCAUCCCACUUCACUGUUGACACAACAUACAGACCUCUCAUCCCGAUAAGCAAACUUAGCGUGUCGGAGUCCUAUGACACGUACAUGAGCCGGAGCUACCAAGUGACCAAAGACAUUCUGUCUGACUGCCAAAACAUGGGAAACAACAUACUGAUUGUGGCCCACGCUUCCUCCCUGGAGGCCUGCACACGACAGCUCCAGGGCCGCAGCCCCCAGACUUCCAAGGACUUCAUCCAAGUAGUCAGGAAGAUCCCCUACCUGGGUUUCUGUUCCUGCGAGGAGCAGGGCGACACAGGGGUCUGGCAGCUGGUGGACCCGCCCAUCCUGCCCCUCACACACGGACCCAACCACAGCUUCAACUGGAGGGAGACCCUCCUCCAGGAAUGACAUCCGCUUCCCUGGAGAGCAGACUUGCUCAUUCCCAUCCCGAGGCUUUAGUUUCUGGUCAAACAGCACUGAGAGACUCUGCCAGAGUCAAUGGGUGGUUGGACCUGUAUGUACUGUACUGUACACAUUGUAAUUUGACAGUAUUGUUGACAUUUCUAAUUUGACAGUAUUGUUGUUAGUGAGAGCAGAGAGAGAAGAGAGUGAAGUUGGAGAGGGCAGGGCUAAGUCUCAGGGCCUGGUUGAUUGUGGAGGCUAGCACUCAGCUGGCUUCAGCAAGCACAUGGACCAUUACAUAUUACACCACUGCGAGUCAACUGCGUGCCAGAAGGGAGUCACAAGGUUGAGAACAUUGACCUAAAAAAUCUAACAGAAUAGUUUGUGUUUGGAAAAGCAAUUGCAUUCCUUGUCCCGCUUGCAGAUUAACUGUUGACGAGGGCAAACGUUAUCCUCAAAAGCCCUUGACUGUAGCCGCAAGUCAUCUCUCAGAUGUUUCCCAGUGUGGAAUCUGUGUUUCUGUGUGUAUAAAGUUGAACUCAUUGGGGGAAAAAAACAUACUCAACUUAAUCCAUGCUCUCUUGAAUACUGUAAGUACAACGACUUAUUCAUCCACUUAAAACUGAUUGCAAUGUGGUCAGUAUUAUGUAUUUUAUGACUUUAUGGUCAUGUUGUAUGCUGGUUGUAUAAAAACGUUUUGUUAACGUAAGUAACCAGAAAAAUACGUCUUUGCCUGGUUGUAAUAGGUUAUGUGACAAGAUAACAACCAACAUAUGAUGUAUUUACUAUGACAUCUUGAUCUCGUCAUAAAAAAUACAUCUUUAUGUGGUUGUAACCAAGACUAGUUGGAAAUCUGGUUUUAUGACUUCUUCACAACCAGAAAACCAGUUUACAACCAGAAAAUGCCAUCAUUAAGACAGCAUGUGCCAAAUGUUUUCCACUGGGUGGCUUGUCACCCGGUUUGUUUGAAACAGUCUCGAUGGCACAAAAUGCACUAUUGACAAUCACAGGUGAGUCUUGGUGAGGAUGGUCUAAUAACCAGUAGUUAGGAACUUAUGUGUCAAUUUUACAUAAUGUAAGGUCUUAUGGCAGAAUAGUUGUCGACCACUGCACUAGAAAAUAUAUUUCAGUCUUCCAGUUGUGACCAUUUAUAUUUUAUUCAGAUACUUAACAAUUGAAGAGCUUUUCUUUCAAAUAUCAUAUAAAAAAAGACCUGUCCCAUGGUAGGAAAAUACAUGUUUUUCUCAGGUGCAGAUUUCAUUGUGACUUUAUACAGUAUGUGCAUUUCAUUUGGUCAUGAAAAUUGUUGUGAUUGCCUCUUAAGAUUGAACCUGAUUUAUCUUGAUGUCUCAGUGGUGAAAUCAGAGAGAUGUUAUCUGUUUAAUGAGUCAACUUGAAUGCUUUUGUUUAGCCUCAUCUAAAUCUAUCUGAUCUAAUCUUUCUGCAAAUCAUUAUUAUUGAGGAGGCUCUAAAACAAUGCUCUGGUGCUGUUCUUCCAUUGAUACAUGCAAGUGCAAUACUUACAAGUGCAAUACUUGCAAGUGCAAUACUUGCAAGUACAAUUACAAAUGUGUGAUGAAGGUGUCAGUGAGGAGCAAAGCAGGCCUACAUCAGAGGUUAGCCACAUGCACUGUUGAGGAAACCCUGGAAACCUGACAACCGAGGAGGAAGCAGUCUGUGUCAAAUUGUGUUAAUUUAUUUUCUCAAAUAUUAUAUUUCCAAAUGUAUAUAAACGUUAAUUUAAGUAAUUUAAGUUUUUCAUCAAAAUGCUAUUCUUUAGGAGGACUAGUGGGCUAAGAUGUGCAAAAGAUUGAAAUGAAAACAAACUGAUUGAAGGUGGAGAUGAUACAGUAUUCAUAGUGACUUGCCACUUCCCUGUAUAUUCAGAUAUGAGCAUCUCUGAGGUGGGUUCUUUAUUUUGUUUAAAAAAUUGUCCCCCGAAAAUGCCCCCUAUAUGAUACUGACAGUAUCACUGUUUCAGAUAUGUGUAAGUUACAUAUCAAAUAAAAAAAUCAGGUCA